AUGUCUUCACCAACAUCAAAGAAUUAUAUUACGUGUGGAGAAAAUGACAACGAAUUCAACAUAACUAUGCCUCCAACUAUUCUUAAUCUCAAAGACCUUAAUAGUAAAAAUUGCAAGGAGUUCACUAUUAUCAUUAUCGGUUUCAUCGAAUUAAAGGGAAAGGCAUUUUUAGUUCCACCAUCCAUUGAAAUGAGUGUAACUGCUUUUGGAACCAAUCUUGGAUAUGUGAAAGGAGACCUGGAACAAGUUGCUCUUCUGAAUAUGAGCGUACCUUUUAUAGACGGGUAUAUUAAGCUUUACAUGCAAGGAGGAAUGUUCGUAAAUUUAGAAUACAAUCUCAAAGCUUUCGGAAUUGAAAAAGAAGGAAAUGAUAUAUUAUUUGGUUUUUAA